AAUGUCAAAACUGUGGUAGUUAAAGACGGUGAAGUAAAUAAUGUUAAACGUAAAGUUAAUAAAGAAUAUAAAAUUGUAUUACCUGGGGUCUGCGAUAGUAUUGACAAUGUAAAUGGUUUCAAAUAUAAUAAAAUCAUAGGAUUUCGUACGGAACAAAUCAGCGAUAUAAGCGAUGAUAAGAAGACUGCAAAUAGUGAAAAUCUACGCGAUAAAAUGUUAGAACAUAAGGAAAGCCAUAAACAAGAAGAGCCAGAGUUAAACGACGACUGUGAUGAACGGUAUUCAAAAAAUAUUGAUUGCCAAAUAACAAGUGCUAUGGUCAUGGCAAAUAAGGAAACCGACAGAUGGCUCAGGGUAUAUCCAGCACCAAGCCUUCCAGAGCAGAGCGUUUAUUCUACAAUAAUGAGAUGUAUUUUGUGCCAACUUGGACUUUUCUCAUUUCUCGUGCUGUGGACAAUGAUUGCAGUUUUUGUUAUAGAAUCUUUUGAAGGUCCACAAGAAGUAGAAGUUUCUAUGGAAUUUGAAAAAGCUCAAAAUCAAUUAGUCAUUGAUCUCGCGACUGAACUAAGACAAAUCACACCCCUAUCACCAAAAUGGCGUUAUGCUAUUGAAAAGCGUAUAGAAGAUGAGCGUCAAUUGACUAUAGAGGCGAUGGCUGAAGGAGCAAGACUGAAGCCGGGACAGUUUUGGAAUCUGCCCGGAACGUUCCUGUUCACUAUUUAUGUCAUGACAGCAUUGGGUUUCGGAGCUCCAGUGCCACAUACUUUAUGGGGACGAACAUCAGCUCUGAUAUAUGCUCUCCUAGCUGUCCCAACACACAUUUAUUUAAUGGUUAACGCAAGUACGUAUUUCGUGGUGCGUCUAGACGAAUACACGAUGUAUUUAAGAGAAAAUUGCUGCAGAAAAAUUUACAGCAACACUGAAAACACACAAGAUAAUAGCAGAGACUCGGAUGCUAGAGAAUGUACUAAAAAGUAUAGUUUACGAAAAACUUUCAUGAGAUGUAUCAGUGUCCUGGGUAUAGGACGAUGCGUGCCAUUGGUAACACUGACCUAUUAUGUAAUUGGUGUUACGUUAUUUGGUAUCAUACGAAACAAACCGCCGUUUGAAACUAUUGUAUUUCCCAUUGAGUUUACGACUACCGGUGGAUUGGAUAGGGUUGAAGGUUUUGUAAGGGUCUUAUAUGGAUUGUAUGUGGAAUGCGGGAUGUGUCUACUGGCUUGGGCACUGGCAACACUUCGUCGACGCAAUAGUUCGUCUUUCGAAAGAUUUGCAUCGAACCAUAGACUGUUUGACUAUGAUGUGCGUAAGGAACGCGAAACACGAAAUAAAAUAGUUGUUUAGUGAAA